AAUCACGUAACUGGGACGUCCAAUGAGCAAACUCGUGGCGUGUUUUCUCUCUUUCCCACCGCAUUGCAACCAAGUUUGCAGUGAUACAAAUCCAUCGAGCUUUCCGGGACACUCUCAGCCUCUCUGCUGUUUAUGAGCUUCGUUAUUUUUAUUUUUUGUCUGCGUUUUGGCCUCGUGUCUCGAGUCCAGAUCAGUUUUCCAGCUCCAGGCUGCGGUCCACUGCUUUCUUCUUUUCUGGAGACCAUUCCCUGCUUUCUGCUGACCUCUUUAAAGUCUCGUCCGUGUAUAAGUUGCUUACUAUCUUGGUGAAACUGUUUAAAACAGCGGAGAUAAUCCAGUGUAUCGUGUAUGAGUAUCAAAGCUGGCCCUCGUUUUGCUCUUAAAGCGGGUGAGAGGUUCAUGGACCUUCUGCUGAAGGCUUCCAGUCAUCCAGGUCAUUGAGUUCUCUAAGUGUUAAGCUGUUUACUGGAACUGUGUUGGAAUAGUCUUGUGUUUUUUUGGUCUGUUUUUGCUGUUUUCUCCAAAUUGGUGGUGUUGUAGGACAUUCCCUCCCUGACUGGUGUUGGUAAGUCAGAGGAUUUUGGCACCAAAAAGCUUCAAAUAAAAGUUCUAUACUAUUUUUUGUUCUAGACUAGUUCUUCAACUUUCCACAUUUGUCCCUAAAUUUUCCACUUUGGCUAAAUAAAUUUGUAUCACUGCAUAUUUAGUUGCCUUUUGUUGCGGCUGAAGUGACCAAAUUACGCAUAGAAACACCUCAAUUCUGUCUAAAAAUGCCCAAAAGUCGAGCAGGCCCUCAUAAGUUCUCUCUGUCUCACCCUCAAACACCCAAGCUGUCCUAUGGUUAUAAGUCCACAAUGAAUGUGGGGAGAAGUGGCUACCGGGUCUUCUCUGCCAACUCCACUCCAGCAUGCACUGAACUGGCCAAGAAGAUCACUGAGCGCCUUGGUGUGGAGUUGGGAAAAUCUGUGGUGUACCAGGAGUCAAACAGAGAGACCAGAGUGGAUGUGAAGGAGUCGGUGAGAGGACAGGACAUCUUCAUCAUCCAGACCAUGCCAAGAGACGUAAACACAGCGAUAAUGGAGCUGCUGGUGAUGGCGUACGCGCUAAAGACGUCCUGCGCUAAGAACAUCAUUGGGGUCAUUCCGUACUUUCCCUACAGCAAACAGUGCAAGAUGAGGAAAAGGGGCUCCAUUGUCUGCAAGCUGCUGGCCUCCAUGCUGGCUAAAGCUGGCCUGACCCACAUUAUCACUAUGGAUCUGCAUCAGAAAGAGAUCCAGGGCUUCUUCAGCUUCCCCGUGGACAAUCUGCGAGCUUCACCCUUUCUGCUGCAGUACAUACAGGAGGAGAUCCCAGACUACAGAAACGCUAUUAUAGUUGCAAAAUCCCCCUCGGCUGCAAAGAGGGCUCAGUCAUAUGCUGAGAGGUUGAGGUUGGGUUUGGCUGUGAUGCACGGUGAGGCACAGUGUGCUGAGUCAGACAUGGCCGACGGCCGUCAUUCUCCUCCCGCGUUCAGACCCUCCUGCGGACCCCCUGGCCUUGAGCUGCCCUGGAGACACCAAGCUCCAUUUCCCGGCAUCGAGCUUCCAAUGAUGAUGGCCAAAGAGAAACCGCCCAUCACAGUAGUCGGAGAUGUCGGGGGCAGAAUCGCCAUCAUUAUCGAUGACAUCAUUGAUGAUGUGGCAGACUUCGUAGCAGCGGCGGAGAUCCUGAAGGAGAGAGGAGCAUAUAAAAUCUACAUCAUGGCCACUCAUGGGCUUCUGUCUGCAGACGCUCCUCGUCUCAUAGAGGAGUCCGCCAUAGAUGAGGUGGUUGUGACCAACACCGUCCCACAUGAGGUCCAGAAGCUACAGUGUCCUAAAAUCAAGACGGUGGACGUCAGUAUGAUUCUAGCCGAGGCAAUCCGCCGCAUCCACAACGGAGAGUCCAUGGCCUACCUUUUCCGCAAUGUCACUGUGGACGACUAGCUGCAAGGUUUAGGAAAUCCUCACGCUGAUCUGGGACCAGUUUGGGGUCUUUUCUUGUGGUGGUCUGGGAUUUGGAGGAUGGACACUAAAUUUGGGACAGUACUUGCAGACCAGCCUAUGAACCGGGACCCAUCUUAUUAAAAGCAUGACAGUAUUAGAACCUUCCUUAUGAGGAAACUCAUGCUUGCAGUACCUUCCUGAGAACAGGCGUAAUUAUCAGUAUAUCUGUCUUAGCAUGCCAGAGAUAUGGAAGGAGAGGGAGAUGGAGUAUCACUUUAUUUGAAGGUCUGUCUUAAGGUUUAUUAAGGUCUUGUUUUUUGUUCAGUUAGAGACUUUUAAUGGUUUAUUCACUGUACUUUGGGAACCUUCUGGGCCAAAAUACUGCAGAUAUUAACCUUUAACCUCAUCUAAUGCAUGAGGCCUUACUAAUUAGCAGAUGAGCUGAAUGAGGUGUGUUUAAUGAGGCAGUGAGCUGAAGUCUGCAGUAUUUUGGCCCGCGAGGACUGGAGCCUGACACGUGCUCAAAGAUGUAGGCAUUACAACGUUAGUACAUAAUAGGAGGUCUGUUAUGUAAAACUUACGUAAUCAUGAAAUAAUGCACAAUUAACUUUUUGUUAAGACCUUGUUAUGCGAACUGUUGAGCAGUCAUGAGCCUGAAUUCACAUUAUAUUAGUGUGAUUGGCAACGUUUCCAACAGGUGCAAGACAGAGUCAAGUGACGUCUGGAGUUUAUUAGGUUACACGUAAUAAAGAGUUUCAUAAGUUACUAAUAAUGUUAAAAAAUCUGUCCCAUGUUUUAAAAUGGAGUUGUCAUCACUAAUUAGAGGCUUAAAAGCACUGAAGCUUCUUAAGUAUGUCAAUCUGCAUGACAUUCACUCAUUAUUUAUCUACAUUCGGUUGUUAAAAUGGGUUGAAACGAACUUCCUAGCUUGCAUGUCUACCAAAAAGCAAAGAAAUCUGAUUAAUAUUAAAAAAUAUAAUAUUUUUUUACUUUAGAAUAUAGAAUGCAAAUUGCUUUUUAGCCUCUAAUUUAGUUAUUAAAACUGUAUUUGGAUAGUUUUGUACAUGGAACACAUUUUGAAGUAUUAGUGACUUAUUAACUUUUACUAGCUCUUAACUAAUAAACUCCACAAAUGACUUGAUGCUAUCUGGAACCUAUUGGAAAUGAUGCCAAUCAUACACUGAUAAGAUGUUAAUUUAUGAUUAAUUCAUUUUCAGUAAUUUGCAUAACAAGGUUGUCGUGUUUAUUGUACAUUAUCACAGUUGAUAAUGCAACUAUUAGUAAUUUUCAGACUGCAGUCCUUACAGGUUAUAAUGAAUAAAGCUUAAUGCACAGUGAAUAAACCAUUCAGAAGUGUCGAAUUCAGACUGAACAAAGAACAAAAGCUUAAUAAAAGCCCAAUAUGUGUUCCAAGAUGUGGCGUCGUCGAGAUUUACGCCAAUCAUUUUGCGACACUAGGGUGAAACUUCGCACAGUAAGACCACUCGGAAGCUUCAUUGUAAACUCUUCUUAAUGUAACAUGCAGUGAGUCAGUGGAGGUACUGCGAUAUGCUCUGAAAAGCUUAUUGUGAAGUAAUUUAUUGUGAUAAUGAAAUUGUAUUGUCACAUCGCCCACUGAUCCUCCUUCCAUUUUCCUGCAGAGUUUAGUUACAACCUGCGUCUAACAUGCUGCCCCUCUCACCUAACACUAAAGCAUCCAGCCAGUCAAGGAACUUCUAAAGAACAUCCACUGUUUCUCAAAAUUUCUGUAUAAUUCAGUCAUUGAGAUGCAAAAAAGUCAGAGUGGUUUGAUGUGAAAUGGUUAAUUGUAGAGAAACUUGCUGACUCUUUUCUUUACACUGGUAGUGAUAGGAACCAGGAGUCACCAUGACUACAACACAAAUAUAGACAUUUUAUUUACUAUCCAAAACCACCAGUGAACCUACUCUGGUCUUAUAUGUAAUGUUGAUGAUGGUAAAAUAGUGAUAAAUGUUAAAAAAUACGUUUUUUGGGUACUGUUUUGCCUCACAACACCUUGUAUCAACCAGUCAAUCAACCAAUCAAUCAACAAAUCAAUCACUUAUCCUUUAUUUAAAGUUGGAAGACAUUGAGUCUGAUCCUCAUUUACAGUAUAGCUGAGCGUUAAAACAAAGAACAUGGGAUUGAAAAAAGUCAUAAAUAAAAAUAAAAAGAUAAAACAUAUGAACACAUCAAAUCAGUAAAAAGACAAAAUAAAGUUUAAGCAAAUAACCUAGUAUAACUAUCAAAUCAGAAUGUACAGAUAAUAUUGAGUAAUAAUUAUUGAAAUCAAAUAACUGAAUAAAAUAGAUUAAAUAAAAUAAUAAUGAUAAUAAAAUUAAUAAAAGAAUAAUGGUAAUAAUAAAAAAUAGCAGUCAAAUAAGUACUAACCAAAAUCAAAUAAAACAGCUGAAUUUUAUGUAAAUGCAUUAAACGCACUCGUGUCUCUAGCUUUAGGCAACAUGUUCAUACUUGUUUUAUAUGAUAACUUGCGUGAGACUUUAAACGUCUGGUUCCUAUCACCACCACUGUGAACAGUUCGGGGGAUUUGACCCCAAACCACUCUGAACGACUUUUCCACUGUUACCCUGAUAGUGAAGGUCACUCUGCCACUGUUAAGGUGGUCUUUGUGGUCCUGCAGGUUUUGUGAAACUGCAGCCCGCAGAGAUAAUAUUGUCCCUCCUGUUCUCUUAACAUUUACACGCACAUGCAGUGAGACCACGUGUCCAUACACUGCCUCUCAGCAGUAUUCUCCUCUGUUCUGUGUCUGUCAUCAUGUAUAAAGAUGUUUGACCAAUAAACCAAGAAAACUGACCAAUAA